AUGGAUAAACAAUUAGCAGAUACUUUCACUCAACUUUCCCAACAAAAUGGUGUUGUUGGAUAUUGUUGUGUAGAUGAAAGUGGACUUUGUUUAAAGGCACAUGGAAAUAAACAAUCAUCAAAUGCAGGUUUUUAUAAAUCACUUUUAGAUAAAUCAAAGUUUUUAACUCAAUCUGGUGAACCAGCAAAUAUUGUUAUUGAAACAGAUACAGCAAAUAUUUUCAUUCAACAAAACGAUAAAAUUACUCUUAGUGUAUCAAAACUUCCAUAA